AUGAGGUUUGACAAUGUGCUGGCAGAGAUCAAUGGUUUUGGAAGAUUCCAACUAAGAACAAUCCUCUUGUCAGUAAUUCCACGGCUGACUUUACCAUUUAACUUCCUGCUGAAUAAUUUUAUUACAUUUAUUCCCUCUCACCACUGUGACAUCAGGUCUCAGAAUAAUGGAGGUGUUUUCAGGAAUUUAUCUUUGGAAGAGAGGCUCAAUGUUAGCAUUCCUUUUGAGCAGGAUGGGAGUUUGAGCUCCUGUCAGAUGUUUGCAGAGCCUCAGUAUCAACUGCUGUCAAACUCUUCCAACUUAACCUACAUACCCACAGUGCCAUGCCAGAAUGGUUGGAUAUAUGACACCACCAUCUUCAGAUCUACUCUGGCUACAGAGUGGGAUCUGGUUUGUGACAAGAAAACAAUGAACAGAGCCACAGCCACCAUAUUCUUUGUGGGGGUCAUGUCAGGAUCAGGAAUAUUUGGCUUCCUUAGUGACAGGUUUGGCCGGAAAAAAACACUUCUGUUGUCUUACAUGGCAACUUCCGUUUUUGGGAUAGCGACCGCUUUGUCCUAUAAUUUCCUAAUGUUUGCUACAAUGAGAUUUUGUACUGGACUCGGACUCUCAGGAAUAAGUAUAAACUCCUUCGUCCUCUGUCUUGAAUGGGUGGAUAUCAGGCAUCGGACUACAGUGGCUGUUUUAAUGAGCUUGGACUGGAGUGUUGGUUGUAUUAUUCUACCUGGAUUGGCCUAUUUGAUCAAUGAUUGGAGAUUCCUGACUGCUGCUGUAAUCUCCCCACUGUUUCCAGCUAUGCUCUGUUGGUGGUGGCUCCCUGAGUCUGCCAGGUGGCUGAUGAGUAAUGGAAAAACGGAUGACGCUCAUUUUUACCUGAGUAAAUGUGCAACAGUUAAUGGCAGAGAGGAGGUCAUGGCUGACUUAAAACCUGAGGUUCUGUCUACAGUAAUACUUGUAGAAGAUGAAAACAGAAAGUAUUCCUAUUUGGACCUCGUGAAGACCCCCAAAAUGAGAAGGCGCGCUCUACUUUGUGGCAUUGUGUGGUUUGGAGUGGCCUUCGCUUAUUACGGAAUCAGCUUGAAUAUCAGCGGAUUUGGUGUGAACAUUUAUCUCACACAGUUCAUCUAUGGUGUCAUAGAGAUUCCAGCCAAAGGAUUCGUCUUUUUCACCGUAGACAAAAUAGGUCGAAGGUGGAAUCAAGCCGGGACGCUCAUUUUGACCGGGCUGCUUAUAUUCAGCAGUGUGUUUAUCCAUGCAGAUAUGGGGAAUCUUCGGACAGCUGUGGGAGCUUUGGGCAAGAUGUUUUCAGAGGGCUCUUUUACAAUAGUUUUUCUGUACACAACGGAGCUUUAUCCCACAGUAAUGAGGCAAAAUGGAUUGGGAUACUGUUCCUUUAUGGCCCGUGUAGGUGUGGCUGUAUCCCCCUUGAUCAUGCUCCUUGAAGACGUGUGGGUGAAUCUGCCAAGUUUUGUUUUUUCCCUGGUGGCUUUAGGCGCCGGACUGUCAGCUUCUUUGCUCCCUGAGACGUACAAUGUGCGUUUACCGGAGACUAUUGAGGACGUGGAACAGACAAGAAGACGAUCAGUCUCCGCCUCUGAUGAGAAAUCUCCUGCCUGUGCGUUUUUGUCAGUGCAAUCAAAAUCCCCAUAG